AUGAAUCCUGAAUCAUUACAAACAAUAUCAAAAAGAAAUAUCUUAUGUCAAAUGUAUAAUGAUAAAAAUUUACAUAGACUUCAAGUUUUGCCAGCUCAUCUUGUAAGACAUCUUAAGCAACUAAAAAAUGAAAUAGACAUAUUUUAUAAAGUACAUAUCAAUUUUAUUGAUGUGUUUGCAAUGUCAUUAGUGAGCAUUGAUCCAGUAACAGGGUCUUUUGACCGCCUUGGAACUAUUAAAAGAUUGCGCAGAUAUAGUCAACCUGCUGUAUAUUUUCAAUUGUGUGCUGUAAAUGCUAUGGAUGAUGAAACUUUAGAGGUUUGGUUAUUUAGUCUCUCAGAACUUGAACAUCAUGCCUUAUUAAUAUCAGAUAAUGAAGUUGUUGCUGGUAGAGCAUUAGAAAUCGUAGGUAGAGAAGGAAUCAUAAAUUAUGAGCAUUGCGCAAUGAAAUCUGCUUACCACGGUUGGCUUCCAGCAUUAGAGAGAUCUUUGAUGCGUGUCCAAGAGCCAGGAAGCGGAUUAUUGUCAAGAUGUAUAUUAAUGGCAAUACGCCAUCAUCAUUAUCAUAUAGCAAACUUGUUAGAAUGUUAUGAAUUUUCAGAUUCAUUUGUUUAUUUUUUUCCAAACGGGUUUGUUCCAGUAGAUUUUGUUAUAUCACUUCUUGAUGGUUCAUUAAUUAAUAUUGAAAUUGGUAGAACCAUUGCAAAAGAUCUCAUUGAUUGGAUGCCAAAAAUGGAAAUUCAAAAAUUAAGUGAGGCAUUAAAAAAAGCAUCAUGUUGUCCUUUUAUAUUGUCAGAACUUGAGACAAUGUAUAGUAGGAGAAUUAACACAACUUACACUAAUGAUAAUAAUAAUGAAUAA